GUUCAUAUAUUUAAAUUAAGUAUAAUUUGGGCGCUGUUUUCCGCUUUCGCUUUCGCCUGGUGAGUUCAACAGAUUCAGCACGCACGGAUCUAACUGAUUCAGUUUCGAUCAGUUCUUCAGUCUUAUAAAGUCAGCCGGAAUGGCCAGCGCUUCAGAGGAAAAGUGGCAAAUCAGUAAAGACACACUGCUGGAAAGAAACAAGCACAUGUUUAACAAUUCUCUUAUGAGUGAUUUCAAGUUUGCUUUCCCUAACAAGCAGACCAUUCCAGCUCAUAAGUAUGUUCUCGCCAUCAGUAGUCCAGUCUUCUUUGCCAUGUUUUAUGGAGGUCUAGCCGAGCAGGGAGAAACUGUAGACAUUACUGAUUGUGAUCCAGACGUCUUCCUUCAAUUUCUGCGUUACCUGUACUGCGACGAUGUCAAUUUCCGAGAUGUUAACAACGCUAUUCAAGUGUGGCAUUUGGCUAACAAAUACGACCUUCCUUCGCUUGCAAGGAAAUGUGUGAAUUUUGUAGAAGCGGCCAUGGAACCGUUAAACGCCUUUGAUGUCAUCCCUUGUGCUCGCCGUUUUAACCAUGAAGGUCUGGAAAAGGUUUGCUGGGAAAUAAUUGAUUACAACGCCCAAGAAAUCAUUGCCAACGAAUCGUUUCUGGAUCUCGAACACGAGCACUUGCAUUCCUUUCUGCAAAGGUCGUCGCUACGUGUUAAGGAGGCAUCACUGUUUAAAGCCCUGAACCGCUGGGCAGCAAAGAGAUGUGAAGAAUCAAAUAUGACUGUCGAUGGAGCAAAUAAAAGGUCGGUAUUUGGUGACGAUCUGUUGAAACUCAUUCGAUUUUCAUUGAUGUCGCCUGAAGAGUUCUCAGAGGAGGUGCUGCCUACGGACAUUUUGCUUUCAACAGAAGUAAUCGAUGUUUUCAAGCAGUUUACUUCUGUCCCUAUCCCAGGCGGUCUCAAGUUCUCGAUUCGUCCCAGGGCGGUGCUGAAACAAAAUGGAGACCUUUCUUCGCUUUCUCUGGGCAGUGUCGUCUGUCUCAACAAGAGCCUGUUUGGUUACGACCGACAUGAAAAAGAAUCUAUGCAGAAAACGGGAGUGUUAUCAUUUAUGGUCAGGAAGACUCUUGCGUUAUACGCAGUGAAAAUUUUAAUUGACAGCCAGCAAAGUUUUUCCGAGAGUUGCGUAUCCGUGUUUCGAGGAGACAAGAAGAUCAGCCAAAUUAAAAAAAAAUGUUUUGUUAAGAGAGAAACUAUAAAAAGGAGUAAACGUAGUACUGUCAAUGCCUACGGAGAAAUUGACGUCUUUUUUAACAGGCCUAUUUCCUUAUCCAAGAACACUUGUUAUACCAUUCAAACUAAAACAGAUGCUUCACAAAGUAACGCCUUUGUCUGUUCUGAUUCGAUUCAGAAAUCCGGGGCAUCCAACCGUUUUAACCAAAUGCUAUUUCAUUGUUCAGGAUACUAUACUGAAUGCAUUCCUACUUUUGUUCACUACAAGGGAGAGGUAAUGGCGCUUCUAGGUAAGCUGGAACAAAACGACAGAGAUUGAGGCCGGAUUAGACGCGCGCAUGAAUCCGACCAGAUAUCCAACAAAACGGAUGGGACUAGCAAAACCACGGGUAGCCCAAGCUCACAAAUGAGCGUCCCUCAACAUAGAGGGUCCCUGUAUAUACAUACGUCGUCUGCGUUGUCUGGAAAACGUGAGCCACCACAGCUAUUUUGUUAAACUUUAUUUCAAAUUUAUCAGUGUGUCCCAGAUUCAGUUUCGUGAUAGUUUUGAAAGUGAUAAACAAAGUAAAUGACUUUAAGGUACUGCGAGAUUCGUAGGUGAAAUUUAAAAUCAUUUUUUUAAUCGACGUUGUCACGGCGUCGCCGUCGCGGUUACUUAAACUCCCUAAAUUCUCAGGUUACGCAACAGUCGAUUUAUAAGGAUUUGUAUGUGAAAAACGAUUUUUUUUUCUUAACGAAAACACCAAGGAGAAUGAAUAAAGAUACCCUACCUUGCUUCAGGUGUGUGUUUCCCUGGUUCUCGUGAGAUUUCUCGGCCGAUUUAUGGCAAUUUAGAAAAUAGUACAAAGUAGUGAAGCGAAAAACCACCUAAUGGACACUCAUUUGCAAGCUUGGACCAUCAAAACGAGGUCAGAUAUCUUGUUUAAUGUACGCCCUGAGAAGAAAAGUCAAUUAGGAGUUUUAAAAGCGUAGCCUAAAUUACUGUAGAAUGUGUAAAUGUAAAUAAAAUACUCUUUAAAUGAUGCGGUAUAUAAUUUCCAUACCUUGCAGUUCACUCAAUCCCAGUUCAGGUGGUUGGCAACAGUUUCCAGCACUUUCCAAGACUUAGAUGUCAUUAUAAUCACCCUUUAUCAGUCGCUGCUACAACCGUAGGUGGCAUCAGAUAACUGCUCAAUUAUUGCUGAACAAGUUGUCAUCGUUUUUCAUGACUUAAUACGUAGCCAUAGCAACACUAUGACCUGCUUAAAACACCUUAAUUUUAGUUUUAACUGCUAAUAACUCAGAAAUGAGCUGGGUGACCCCCAUUUAAUUAUUAUCAUCGAAUUUUGAUUUGCAGGAUAACAUGCAACUUUUUG